AUGGUAGUACAAACUCGGGAAAUGUCCUCAACUUUACAGCGGAAGAACGGAUCACUUUCCAAGUUUCAGAGUUUUCAAGAUGCAGUUACUCAUUUUAAGAAAAAUGACAGAGGAAAAAGUUAUGACAUGCAAGUACCACGACCUCUUACUGUGUCAUGGAAUUGUGAUGGCACUCGUCUUGCUUCAGGUGCGGAGAAAAGUGUGUCUGUGAUAACGUUUGAUUCGUCCUUCCGAACUAAAAGUAUUUUUCGUGGAUUUGGGCAUAAUGAACAAGUUGAUCAAGUUGCCUUUCAUCCAUCCAAUCCAUAUCUACUGGCUUCGGCUAGUGCUGAUAAAUCUGUCCGAUUGUGGGAUAUUCGACAAGCAAGAACACAUACAAGGCUAAAUACCAAAGCACAGAAUCUGAAUGUUACUUGGUCACCGUGCGGUACGUAUUUGGUAUACGGCGACAAAGAAGAUUCCCUCAGUAUUCUUGAUAGUCGUAGCUUGAAAACUAUCAAAGUUGAAUCAUUGAAAGAUGAAGUGAAUGAAUUUGCAUUUGAUCCGUCUGGCAAAUACUUAUUUGUAGCCAUGGGAAGUGGCCAAGUAAAUAUUUUCUCAGCACCCGAUGUAACUCAUCGUCGAAUGUUGCAAGCUCAUCCUGCACAGGCAGCUUGCGUCUGUAUAGCAGUUUCACCAGAUGGUCGACGUUUUGCCGUUGGUGCAUCAGAUGCUAUUUGUUCAAUUUGGGAUGCCAAUGAGUUAAUUAGUGAAUCGAACAUGACAAGAUUGGAUUAUCCUUUACGUUCAAUAUCAUUCAGUUCAGAUAGUCAGCUAUUGGCAUGUGCUAGCGAAGACCAUUUCAUCGAUAUUUGUUGGGCAGAAAAUGGAAACAGAGUACACGAACUUAAAGUAAAUGCAGAAACAUAUACGUGUGCCUGGCAUCCAAGUGCAUACCUUCUUGCAUAUGCCUCAGCUCCCUCCCCAGAAAGUCGUGAACGAGAAAUAACAGUAAACAUUUUUGGAUUUACUAUGUGA